GCCGGCCGGGACGCCGCCGGAAGUAGGGCACAGCUGCGGGGUCGCCAUGCGCCUACUCCUGCUGGCUCCCCGGCGAGCGCAGACCGGCAACUGCACCACCGCCCGGAGGAUCCGGGAUCAUUUAGAAGCUGCUGGGCAUUUGUGCAUCUUGAAGGAUUCCUCUGAUUAUGAGUCCCCGUUGGCAGUUGCCAGUCUCAUCUCUUCUGAGAAGUUUGAGGCAGCUCUGGGGAUCCAUCUCUUUAAAGCAGGAAGGCUGCUUCAAGGCAGCACAAUUCCUUUUGGGAUCAUCUUCGGAGGAACGGAUAUUAACGAAGAUGCCAGAAGUGACGAGAAGGCCCGGGUGAUGGGGAAGGUGUUGGAUAAAGCUAGAUUUGCUGUGUCCUUCACCGAAGCCAUGAAGGAAGCAGCAGCAACACGUUGGCCUCAAAUCAGGAACAAAAUCUGCGUCCAAGCUCAAGGGAUCGUGACCCUUCCGAACAGGCAGCAUAACUGGACAGAAUUUCUGCAGAGGGCAGGGAUUGUCCAGGAUGACCAGGAUCUAUACAUCUUCCUGCUGAUCUGUGGACUAAGGAGAGUCAAAGAUCCCCUUUAUCUGCUGGAUGUUUUUUCAGAGUGGCACCAGGAAGACUCCAGGGUACGCCUGAUCAUUAUUGGACCUGCUGCUGAUCCACCGUUUGCAGCAGAAGUCAAAGAGAGAGUGAACAGGGCAGAUGGGGUACAUCUGUUGCCAGCGGUCCCCCAGGAAGAUCUUCAUGCCAUUGUGAAAAAAUGUUUUGCUGUUAUCAACACUUCCAUUUCAGAAGGGAUGUCAGCUGCAAUUUUAGAGGCAAUGGAUUUAAAUGUUCCUGUGCUGGCAAGAAAUAUUCCAGGAAAUGCUGCAGUAAUUGAACACCAAACAACUGGAUUAUUAUAUUCGACCCCCCAGGAAUUUGUCCAGCUGGCAAAAACUUUGAUUAAGGACCCAUUUUUCCACAGAGAGAUUGUAAGAAAGGCACAUGAGUAUGUCCUGAAGCACCAUUCAUGGGAAAAAGAAAGGAAGGUCUAUCAGAACCUUGUUUUGAGUCUUCGCUAAUGUUCUGGCAUCAAACAACCAGGAGUUACCCACCACCGUGCUCAUCCAGGCUUUCUUUAUAUCACUCCCCUGACUGGCUUUCAUUACUGAUAUUACUGUUGUCAUUUUGUCGACUUGGUUCUCCUCCAGAGCCAAAAUGUAUACAUUAGGUUUCUACAGCGUGGCAGCGUUCAGAAGUAUUGGACUUCUGUUUCCAUAUUCCCCCACCAGCUAUGACUCAAGGACUAAGGGAACUGAAGUCUAACACAUUAUAGAACCCCAAGUUGAGAAAGUCUGAAAUAUACAAUCAAUCUGAAUGAUUAUGUUUGGCUCAGGUGUAAGCAACAAAUGAUGAUCAUCUGCGUUAUUUUGGGAGAUUUCAAAUCCUACACAUAUUUACCUGUACAUGGAUACUCAGAUGCUAGGUUAUGGAAAUCCAGAGCAAGAAACCAUGAUAUGAGCCCAUAUCUAGAGAAAGUGAAUGAAGCAUCAGUCCCAUCAAAAUUAGUGGGCUCUUUGCUACAAUUAUGAGUGGCACGUUAAUUUCAUACAGCUCUAGAAGAGCAAACUUCAAAUUUGGACCAUAGAGAUCUCUAAUCAGUCAGUUUUAAAUCUGCAUCUGUUUCCAUGCAGCAAAAAAAGAAAAAAUUACAACUUUAAGGGGUUUUUAAAAAGUCUCUCUUCUCAGCACAAGGAGCAGGGAUGAAAAAAGUUAAUUCCCUUUUCCUGUCAGCUGCAGUUGCAGCAAUAGUUACACAAGGACACACGCUCCAUUCCCUGUGGUGGGUAACUGCGUUUUAAAAAAUGAAUUGGACUCGAUUGGUUGUAAAUAGCCAACAAAGAUGUAUCCCUCUUGAAUGCAACUAAAUAAAUGCUACAUAUAAGAGAAUGUAUUUUGAUUAUCUCCUGCUGGUAAUACAGUGAGAAUGCUGGCCAGGGGGCGAAGACAGCAUCAGUGCAUCUGUUGAGCAAAGAUGAUACUUAGUCCAACUGAUUUUUACAUAGCUAGUUUAUUUUAUAAAUUACUGAGAACCAGUAGCUACCUCAAAACAAAACAGUUUCCUUGGCUGUGUAUAUUAGCGGUGUUUUAUAAGAAAUGCUGGCUUUCUGGAAAUUGAAGUUCAUCUGUAUUGGUUUCACAGAGUGAUUCCAGUCUUUUGUGCAUUAUUCUCAACUUCUAGAUCCCUUAGUCAUUAGUGUUGCUAAAUAUGUGUUCAUGGGAUUUGUCUCCCGCCCCAAAAAAAGCAAUUAAAGGAGGGCCCUUUGGCCCAUAAA